UUGUACUAGUGAACCCCACUAAAACUCAUCAGUUACCUCCGUCAUCACCACCCUGGAAAGCUACAAAACCACUUUAUCGUGGCAACACCUGGAAGCCCAAAUCUAUCGAUUUCUCCGUAAGAUCAAAGAUGGCACAAUCGUUCUCCACAACCAUUGCAAAACCAACUUCCAUUUUCACUUCCACACCAUCAUCACCCUUGUGUACCCUUGUGUUUGUGGUUAUCCUCUGCAUUCUAGGACUCUAUACCCUACAACAUCACCACCGCCCAGAACCACAACCAGUGUCCAACUCCACACCAAAGCAAUCAUCAUCCAAAAAUGACUUCCGAGACAUAUUCCUCACCGCCGCUACCAACAACACCCUUUCCUCCUACCUCCGAGCCCUCACACUCCAUCCCCACCUCGCCGGCACCCCACAGGCGGUCCAGACAGCCCUCUACGUCGAAACCCACUUCAGGGACCUAGGCCUCCAGACCCACGUCAAGCACUACAAUGCCCUCCUCUCUUAUCCUACGCACGCGUCCCUCUCUGCGCACUUUAGCGACGGCACCAUCAAGGACGUGGCCUUGGCCGAACAGGGUGUGGCUGGAGACGACGACGUCGUGCGGCCUUACCACGCCUACUCGCCGUCCGGGUCGGCCUACGGCAGGGCUGUGUUCGUGAACUACGGGAGGGAGGAGGACUAUCGGGCUCUGCUGGCGCAGGGGGUGAGCGUCUCAGGGUGCGUGGCGGUGGCGAGGAGGGGGGACUUGUCCAGGAACUCGGUGGUAGAGAAGGCGGCGGAGAAAGGGCUGGCGGCGGUGCUAAUGUACGCCGAGACGGAGGGCUUUAGUGGCGGGGUGGAGAGGGGGACGGUGAUGAAGGGUUUGGGGGACCCACUGACCCCUGGUUGGGCCAGUAGUAGUGUUGAUGUUGAUGUUGAUGUUGAUGGAGAGAGAUUAGGGUUGGAUGACAACGAGGUUGUGAGUAGAUUUCCAAAAAUACCCUCUAUGCCGAUAUCAGCCGACUCGGCGGAGACCAUUUUAAGGUCACUUGAGGGGGCCAGGGUGCCCUAUGAAUGGAGGGCUAACCUAAAGUCCAAGGUCGCAAGGGCUGGUCCUGGUCCUACCAUGCUCAACUUCACUUAUCAGGGUGUGAAAAAGAUGGCAACAAUUCAUAAUGUUUUUGCCAUCAUAAGAGGAUCAGAAGAGCCUGAUCGCUUUGUAUUGCUUGGCAACCACAGAGAUGCAUGGACUUAUGGGUCUGUUGACCCCAAUAGUGGAACUGCAGCGUUACUUGACAUUGCUCGUCGAUAUGCUCUUCUUCUGCGCUUGGGGUGGAAUCCUCGAAGAUCAAUUGUUCUCUGCAGUUGGGAUGCAGAAGAGUUUGGGAUGAUUGGAUCUACAGAAUGGGUUGAGCAAAACCUUGUGAAUCUGGGAUCUAAAGCUGUAGCCUACCUUAAUGUGGAUUGUGCAGUUCAAGGUCCUGGCUUCUUUGCUGGUGCAACUCCUCAGUUAGACAAUCUCCUUGUUGAGGUCACAAAGAAGGUUAAAGAUCCUGACUCGGAGGACGUGUCACUGUAUGAGAGGUGGACAACUACUAACAAAAGAGUCAAUAUCCAGAGACUCAGUGGAGUAGAUUCAGAUUUUGCUCCGUUUUUGCAACAUGCAGGGGUUCCUUCUAUUGAUUUAUAUUAUGGCAGAGAUUUUCCAGUCUAUCACACCGCUUUUGACUCCUAUAAUUGGAUGAUAAAAUAUGGAGAUCCAUUAUUUCAGCGUCAUGUGGCAGUCACCGGAGUCUGGGGACUUCUUGCACUUCACCUGGCUGAUGAUGCAGUUCUGCCUUUAAACUACAUCUCUUAUGCUGCUCAAUUGCUGGAGUAUACAAAUAUGUUGAGCAACUUGUUGGAAGGGAGUGCCUCCGUACAUCCUAUAACUGCAUCCAUCCAGGAACUUGCCACUGCAGCUAAAGAAGCCGAGGAGGAAGCAAAGAAAUUGAGAGGGGAAGAAACUCUGGGCAAUGUUUUGGUGUUAAAGAAGCGUACAUUAAAUGAUCGGCUGAUGUCUGCUGAAAGAGGCUUCUUGGAUGGAGAAGGGCUUCAAGGCAGGCAGUGGUUCAAGCAUCUGGUUUAUGGGCCCUCUUGUGACCAUGAAAGUAAAAUGCUUUUCUUCCCAGGAAUAUUUGAUGCCAUUUAUCAGUCCAGAAGAAUGACAAACAAGAGGCAAGGGCAGGCAGCAAUUCAGCAUGAGAUUUGGAGGGUUGCAAGGGCCAUUCAAAGAGCUGCCUAUGCUUUGAGAGGUGAACUCACCUGAGAAGCAGAGGGGGGGAAAAACAGUGAGAGAAUGUAGGAUUUGUGUAAAUAUAUGUCCACUAUUUUGUUACUAUGUAUAUUUUUUAGAACAAUAAAUUAUAUAGAUUUUGCUACUACAUUCUCUGCAUAUGAGCACCAUUAUUUUGUGCACAA